AUGAUUCGCCUCGUGCUGGCGCUCCUGCCGGUUGCGUCUGCAGCUCCAGCUUUGCAGCUCGCCGCAGGAACGAAAGCCGUCAACGUUGUUCUUCAAAUCAACAAGGCCACCUCUGAAGCCGCCAUUGACGUUUUUGAUGAGAACAAGUCCAAUGUCUUUGCUCAUACAUGCUCGCGACCCCUUGCGUCCGGUUCCUUUGCGAGCUCGCCGCUUGCCUUCACCGUCAAUGAGCAAGGUGCCGGCACCCUCAGCGUCGGCCCACAGACUUACACCAUCCAUGACCAAGUCGAGUACUCUGGAGGCAUCGUCUGUGGGCGUGUCGCCAGUCCUAGCGAGGUCGUUGUCAGCUUCCAGGUCCCCGUCCCAUCGUCUCUGCAGCUGCAUAGUCUGAACAAAAGGGCGUCCAAGAUUGUUUUCCUCAUGGCCCCGUUGAGCUCUCCAAGCUGGUGGAUUCAUUGGAAUCAGAAGGCGCUGUGA